UUCCCGCCCCGGCGGCGCAUCGCGGCGGCGGGGCAUGGCGUUCACGCUCUACUCCUUGUUGCAGGCCGCGCUCCUCGUCGUUAACGCCAUCGCCGUGUUGCACGAAGAACGCUUCCUCCGACACGUUGGCUGGGGAAGUGAUCAAGGGAUUGGAGGAUUUGGAGAGGAACCAGGAAUUAAAGCGCAGCUAACGAACCUUAUUCGAUCUGUACGAACCGUUAUGAGAGUGCCAUUGAUAGCAGUGAACUCCGUUACGAUCAUUCUCCUCCUGUUGUUUGGUUGAAGAUACCUGGUGAAAAUCUUUUGGACAUCCAAAGAAGCGAGUUGCUAACCAUCACUGCUCUGAGUUUUCUGGGAUCCAGCACGGUUUAGCUGUCAAUUUGACAUUCAACUUAAAAUAAUAAAGACACUAUUUCUAUUUAUCCUAUUUCCUAAUGUUCACUUGCAGUUUCAUUAAUCAAGAUAAUGGGAUCAAUGCAACGACGCUGCAAAUACAUCGGACUAUGACAAAUUCUGUUGCUGUCUGUUAGUAGCGUUGACUGUUAAGAGUAAUGUGUCGCAACAUAUUGCAAUGAUUGUCAAUAGGAUGCGUUUUUUAAAUGUCUCGUUACUCAGGGAUGAAUCUCCUUCAGUACGCUUCCCAAUUUAUCUUUAAAUUAAAAAAAAACCAUGGUGUUUUUUAUUUCAGUUAAUACCAGAGUACUAUUUAAGAGAAUACAAAUUAGGCUCUGAAAACAUGUUAUAAAUUAUUGAAGUACGGUUGUGAUAUUGAAGGAGAUAAAACUAGCUGGGUAAAAUCCUGAUUCAGUUCACAUUGCAAGUCGAAUGUUCCUGGUUUGAUUGAGACCAGGAUUUUUCUCGUGGUGUUAGACUUUUCAAAUCAAUAAGGUUUCAUGCUGAUGGUGAAGUAAGUUGAAAAUAGGUGCAAUUGCUAUGCAAAAUCUAAAAAAGCUUUACCUGAAGCUGGGCAACUCUGUGUUAAUUUAGACUAGCAGGUGGUAUUAGCGAUUAGCAUUUGUUACUGUUCUGUCAAGGAUUAUUACACUUUUUUAAAUGUGUGUUAAACUUCUGCGUGGUGAUUAGUGUUGGAAGUGGGGAACCAUUUGUAUUCCGAGCUUCUUGGGAAACGUGGGAGGGGAAUACUGUGCCCUUUUCAAAUGGAAUUCUUUGUUAAAAAACAGCAAAUUUGCAGCCUCUUCUGUUACUGCUGCUUCUUCCCCCGCCCUCCGUCUUCCUCUGUUAAAUUAACAGCUUACUGAAAUUGAAACUGUGGGUAUGAUCUUGCAGUUCUGUCGCAGAGAAUAUUGCUAAUUGCUUUGGUACAGAUCUUGUCUCAAUUAAGACUGCUGGGUUAGGUCAGAUGUUAUGUAGCAAGUCUGAAUUGAAGAAGGCCAACUCUCAUUCUUUAGAAAAGUUAGAAGUCUUAGGUCUGUGCCUCUGCUAAAGUGUUUUAGCUUAUUUUUGAAGUGGGGAAGGCCAAAGGAAACCUGGCAGUUUCAUUAUUUUAAAACAGCUUAGUUUAGUUUAUCAUUUCUUCUUCCGACAUCUUGAUGACUAAAGCAUACGCCGUUGUGUACAAAGAUAAAUCUGUAAAAUGUGUAAAUUAA